GGGCGAAUGGCAGCGGAGGGGGAGAGGGGCUGGGAGCCCCAGCCAGCCCCACGGCCAAAAACGGUCCCACGGGGACAGGAGAGACCGAACCCCGGAGAGGAGCAGGAGGUCCCCGUGGUGGGCAGAGAGACGCGUCUGAGAGUGGUGCUGAGGGUCCGUCCACUGACCUGCACGGAGACACGGCGAGGUGACCGGCGGGUUGUGCACAGCGUCGGCGACGGCACUGUCCACGUGAACGCAGCCAGGCACGAUGCCACCUUCGGGUUCAGUGCCGUGUUCGACGCCGGAGCCUCGCAGGAGGCCGUGUUCGAAGGCAGUGGGAUGAAGCAGCUGGUGGAGCUGGCGAUCGAUGGCUUCUCCUGCACCGUCUUUGCCUUCGGGCAGACCGGCUCGGGGAAGACCUACACCUUGAUGGGACCCCUCCCCCAGAGCCAGACCCAGCCGGUGGCCCCGGGGCUGCUGGGGCUGAUGCAGAGAUCCUUCGCCUGCCUCCUGGAGCAGAGCCGGAGCCGCGGCUCUGACCUGGCUCUCAGUGCCUCCUACCUGGAGAUCUACAACGAGCAGGUCCGGGACCUGCUGAGCCCGGGGCCACCCUGUGCCCUGCCCCUGCGGUGGAGCAAAACCCGCGGCUUCUACGUGGAGAACCAGCUCAGUGUGGACUUUGAGAGCCUGGAGGCCAUCGCUGACCUGCUCCUGCAAGGAUCCCAGAGGAGACGGACCUCAGCGCACGCCCUCAACAGGCACUCGAGCCGCAGCCACGCUCUUCUGACCAUCCACAUCCGCAGCCGGGCUCCCAGCGCCUGCCCCAGCAAGCAGGGCUCGCUGUGCUUCGUGGACCUGGCCGGCAGCGAGCGGGUGAAGGAGACCGGCUCCAGCGGGGAGCUCUCCGUGGAGGCCAACAACAUCAACCGCAGCCUCCUGGCACUGGGACACUGCAUCUCUCUGUUGGCCAAACCCCGAGGGAAGCGGACGCACAUCCCCUACCGGGACAGCAAGCUCACCCGGCUGCUGGCCCGCUCCCUGGGCGGCUCAGGCAUCACCCUGAUGGUCGCCUGCAUCUCCCCUUCCUCCCGCUGCCUCUCGGAGACGCUGAGCACGCUGCACUAUGCCAGCCGGGCCCGGAGGGUCACCACCAGACCCCUGGCCAACAAGGUGUCCCGGGAGAAGCUGCUGCAAACCUUGGCGGAAGAAAUCCAUGCCCUGCAGCUGGAAAACCUCUCCCUGCGGCAACAGUUAUGCCUGCCCAUGGUGCCAACGAGGAGCACGGAGGUCCCAGGUGGGGACCCGAGGGUGGGGGCAUGGCCGGGCUGGGGAGGCAGGUAUGGCCCUGCAGGGCUGCGUCGCUCCCCUCUUGAAAGGCAGCUCCCAUCGGAGGGAGCCCCAGCCUGGCCCAGCCUCUAUGGCCUCCUGCGGGACUUCGUGGUGGAGAAUGAGCAGCUGAGGCAGCCCCGGCCGUCCCCAGACCUCAGUGGUGACAUCCCAGCCGGCCCAUCCCGCAGAGCCACCCGCAGCUCCUGUGACAGCCACCCCCUGCUCCGGAGUGCUUGUGCCCCCCGUGUCCCCCCCGGCCACUCUGCGAGGCUCCGGCAGCCCGACAUGACACCCACCUCCGGCCCCCGGCUGCCGAAGCUGCCUCCUGCCCCCGGCCGCCCCAGUUGCCCAGGGUGCCCCCAGUGCUGCCCCGGGCUGGCUGAUGCCAUCAUGUCCCAGGUGCUGCCAGGGCCCCCCGUGCCCCAGCCGUUCCCCCCUGAGGGAAGCACCAGCAUCCUGCCACCUGGCCAGGAGGACAUGGCUCUGCCUGGCUCCUGUCAGCUCCCCGGGCACCUCCAGCCCCACCAGGGGAAGAGGAGCCGGGGCAAGAGCUCGUCCCAGCGCCACCCACCCCCCCGAGAGCUGCCAGGUCCUGAGAGAUGUCCCAGCCCCGAGGGAAGGGUCAUCCCUUCGGCACCGCCGUGGCCGGGAUUGCCGGAGCCAAGAGCUGCCGGCACCAUCCCUCUCCUCCAGUGGGAAGAGGCACCCGACUGGCUGGCAGAGCAGAUCUGAGUAGCCACGCCGUGGAGGGGGCCAGCAGCGGGGACCUGGCACAGCCCAC